AACGCCGGGGAAAAAAACGUCACUUCCGGAGUGAUCAUCUGACGUGUCUCAAACAGUUUUCCACCGGUGUUGGUCUUUUUUUUUUUUCCACGCGUGGGAUAUUUCUCAGACGUUUAACUGUACGUGGUGACAAGAUGUUGGAUUUCUUCACCAUCUUCAGCAAAGGGGGGAUAGUGCUGUGGUGCUUCCAGGGAGCCGGGGUGACCGAGUCUUUCACGGGGCCGGUCAACGCUCUGAUCCGCUCGGUGAUCCUUCAGGAGCGCGGCGGGAACAACUCGUUCACCCACGAAGCUCUGAGUAUGAAAUAUAAACUGGACAACGAGUUCGAGUUGAUAUUUGUGGUGGGUUUUCAAAAGAUCCUCACGCUGACUUACGUGGACAAGUUCAUAGAUGACGUCCAGCUUCACUUCAGGGAUCGUUACAAGAACGAGCUGGAGCAAAAGGGAGCCCUGAAGCAUGUCAACAACUCCUUCGACUUCGAGGACAGGUUCAAGAAGCUCCUGAGAGAGGCGGAGGAAAGCAGCAAGGCCCGAAGCCCGCCCCCCAUGCGGUCCUUUGAGAAGUCCGAGAAAUCCCAGAAAACUGUGAAGUCCAUGAUUGAGACGAAGGGUGGAGAUAAGGCGAAGGAACAGGGAGGCAAAAAGAAUAAACAUACCAAAAAGGAGGCUCCUGCCGUUGAGCCCGCCAAAGGGGAUCAAGGCAAGACCCCACCUUCUGGCCAGAAGGCCGUCGUCAACGGCAACCAAGGCUUGACUCCUGAGGAGAUCAUCCAAAAGAACAGAGAGGAUUUCUUCCGCAAGCGCAUGAUGGGGCCGGCGGAGAAACCGAUCAAGUCCCCAAAGCCCCAGAAGCCAAAGGAGAAGCAGAACCGUGUGUGGAACAACGGCGGCAGCAGCGCCAAGAACCUGGACUACAGCAACAAGAACGGAGAGGCUUCCCCCGGAGACGGCGAGAGGAACCCGGACGGGCGAUUCGACCCAGAUAUGCAGGUCAGCUCCAUGAAGGGCGACCUGCUCUCUGUGGACUACGAGUCCAGCGAGGAGGGAGAGAUGGAGGAGGAAGAGGAAGAGGAAGUGGUCGUCAGCGAAACAAGCAAGACCAGUCCCAAAAAGAGUGGCGGCUUCGGGGGGAUGUUUGGGAUGCUGAAGGGUCUGGUGGGGUCUAAGAGCCUCUCCCGGGAGGACAUGGAGCCAGUGCUGGAGAAAAUGAAGGACCACCUCAUCGCAAAGAACGUAGCAGCGGAUAUUUCCUCCCAGCUGUGCGAGUCCGUUGCCAAGAAACUGGAGGGCAAAGUGAUGGGCACGUUCACCACCGUGGCCUCCACAGUGAAGCAGGCCCUGCAGGACUCCCUGGUGCAGAUCCUGCAGCCCAAGCGGCGGGUGGACAUCCUGAGAGACGUCAUGGAGGCUCAGAGCCAGCGCCGGCCCUUCGUCGUCACCUUCUGCGGUGUCAACGGGGUGGGCAAGUCUACCAACCUGGCAAAGAUCUCCUACUGGCUGAUUGAGAACGGUUUCAGCGUGCUGAUCGCCGCCUGCGACACCUUCCGCGCGGGCGCGGUGGAGCAGCUCCGCACCCACCAGCGCCGCCUGAACUCCCUGCACCCGCCAGAGAAGCACGGAGGCCGCCCCGUGAUCCAGCUCUACGAGAAGGGCUACGGGAAAGAUGCCGCCGGGAUCGCGAUGGAGGCCAUCGCCUACGCUCGGAACCAGGCUUUCGACGUGGUGCUGGUGGACACGGCCGGGCGAAUGCAGGACAACGCCCCCCUGAUGACGGCCCUGGCCAAACUCAUCGCCGUCAACAUGCCUGAUUUGGUGCUGUUUGUCGGAGAGGCUCUGGUGGGCAAUGAGGCCGUGGACCAGCUGGUGAAGUUUAAUCAGGCUCUGGCCGACCACUCCAUGUCGGACAAGCCUCGCCUCAUCGACGGGAUUGUUCUCACGAAGUUCGACACCAUUGACGACAAGGUGGGCGCGGCCAUCUCCAUGACUUACAUCACAGGCCAGCCCAUCGUGUUCGUGGGCACGGGGCAGACCUACAACGACCUGCGCAGCCUCAACGCGCGCGCCGUGGUGGGCGCCCUGAUGAAGGCUUAAUCGCCGGCCGCCCCGCUCUGCUGAGUAUUCACCGGUUUCCCGGAAGAAGCCGACGGUACAUUUUCCCACGCCGCCGUGAGAUGCUCGUCCGCCCAGGCUUGCAUUUAAAUAAACUCAAGUGACGGACAGAUGCGCACUUCAAGAGAACGUUCUCCAUGGACUCCAUUGAAGCCUUUCUUUGAACAAUUAUUUAUUUUUUGGGCCAAAAUAGUGUAUUUCAGAUCAACUAACAUGGCAUCUUAACCGGACCUCGGUGGACUCACCAGUCCACCGGGUCACCACAAGCAGAACUUGUGCAUUUUUUUUUGUCCCUCAGUCAUCUCCACGUUGUGGACAUCGGGUUCCCCGUCUCCAUGGAAAGCUUAGCAACCAUAGUGCCUCUCUCUCUCUCUCUCUCGGUCUCUUAGUUCUUACAUUACAUGGUUCCCCUGCAGGGGUACAGUUUCAGGUCAGAAACCUCCAACAGUUUACAGCUGGAGUUAAAAUGAGCAUUUGCACAAAUUACCAGGUAAACUGCUUUAAAACAACAACAAAAAAAAUUGUAAUGGAUUAAAAAGACCACUUUUAAUGGUGGUUCACUAUAACUCAGAACAAUACAUCUUAACCAUGAACUAACACCUGUGCUGACUUUGAUUCAUUUGGAUGUUUCCAUUUAAAAUCGUCUUUUAGAGCUCUUUAGAUAAGUCUUCGCCCAGCCUCCCAUUUAUUAUUUAGGAGGGAUACUUUCUGCAGGAGGAAUAUUUAUGAGUUAAACUUUUUCCCCCCGUUUUUGUCACCGUACAACCACAAACUUGGAUGUAUUUCACUGGGAUUUUAUCUGAUAAGGGUUAUUAUACACGGCUUUUCAAAAAAAAUAAAAAAUUGAGAAAGAGCUCCACACAUCCAUCUGGGAUCGCUCCAUUGGAGAUGCAUCUCAGAAGGAGGGGCGUUAUAAAAAAUCCUUGCAUAUGAUUGGAUAAAUCGCUUCAUCUUCACUGACCGAUCCUCCCAUCCAAUCUGACCAGGAUCCCCGUCCCUGCUGACGAAAAGCAUCCCUACGGCACGAUGCUGCCACCGCCAUGGUUUACUGUGGGCAUAAUGCGCGGCGUUCAUUUUCUGCCCUCCACAACUUUUGAUUUUGGUCUGAUUUGAGAUUGCAAUUGUCCACGCUAACUUUACAACUGUGACUUUCUUCUUUCCGCGAAGUCCAGUAAAAACUCCUGUCCUGGUAGGUCUGGAGCUGUGCCACGCUCUUUCCAUCUUCAGGUGACUGCAUCCGUGGGAUGUUGCUUUAGAACCGAAACCCUGCUUUAAACGUCUCCACGUCUUUCUCCCUGACCCCGACUCUACCACGUUCUUUGGUCCUGAUGAUGCUGGUUGGUCACUAAUGUUCUCAAACGUCGGCGGCCUUUCUAGAACAGUUGGAUUCUAUUUAAUAAUUGACCUGAAGGCAGUUUUGUUUGUAGAAAGCAUAUUUUUUUUACCCCUGUUUUAUCUUUUAACAUGUUGGUCUGUCACGUAAAGUACACUGAGGCUUGUGGUUGUAAUGUGACAAAAUGCGAAAACGAGGUGUGGAUACUUCUGUAAAACACAUACAAUUAUUUUUUACGUCGGUCAGUCUUCCAGAUUUGAGACUGCGCUGUUUUUUUUUUUUUUUUUUUUUUUUUUUUAAAAUCAAAGUUAUGACCCUUUAUUUUAUUUCCCCUUUUAGAUUUUCCUUCCCUCAUUUCUCAGAGUAAAUGUUAAAUUUUAAAGAUCUAUAACCCCUCCUUUAAGGUGUGGCAGUGCAAUACGAGAGAAUCAAGGGUCAUACUGGCAUUUUGAACUAAUUUAUGAGAAUGUAAACAUUUGUUAAUAAAGCUGCUAUAUGCAGAGUUGGCCUGGA